CGCGGUGCUGCCCGACGGAUCCCUUCUUCAGUCUCGUCUCUCGUUCCUUGUCCCCUUUCUUUCGCAUCAAUAUCUGCGGUCAUCACCUACUUCACCUAACCCCUCUCCUCUCGUCUCCCUCCUUCCCGCUCAGCCACCAACUCCAAUCACAAGCCAGCCCUGAAAAUCCCAUCUCACCGGGAAAAAGGCCAAAGAAACCCAUCACUUCUCUCGCGCCCAAGUUUGCAUUCCUUCCUCCCUCGAUCUCUCCUUCCUCCAAGACUGAGAUGGAGGCCAAGCUUCUGACCAGAGCUUGCUUUCCGCCUGCAAUUGCAGCUCCUCCGACUACAGAUGCCUUCAAGUUUUCCAGCCCACUUUGCCGCCGUCUCUCUCUUGGUACACGAAGGGUUUCAGUUUCCUCAUCAAGUCCUGCCAAACAUCGCAUUUUAUGUGCCAACUCCUCAGCUGGGUAUGUCAGCCUUGAUCUCUUCCCCAAUAUUGGUUGCUACCGUUGACAGUUAGACUAGGCCUGAACUGAAAAAGUUUGCUUCUUUGUGCAAUGCACGUUGAUUUCAUGAGUUUGGUGCCGUAUAUGGAGAAAAAGUUAGAUGGAGGCGCUCAAUCCGACUCUUGUUUGCUAUUGAAUUUUUGACUGAUAGAGUAUAUGUGUGUGUGUUUGGUGGAAGAUUUUGGGGUGUCCAUUUGGGUCUGCGGUCUGUUUUGUGCCGUCAGCAGUCAGCUAUGAUUGUUUGGAGAAGAAGGAAAGGGUGGACGAAAGUGACACUCUGACACUAGAAAGCGUAAGGCUUUCCCUGAUUCGGCAAGAAGACAGUAUAAUAUACAACCUUUUGGAGAGAUCCCAAUACUGUUACAAUGCGGAUACCUAUAAUCCCGAUGUUUUUUCCAUGAAUGAUUUUCAUGGUUCUCUAGUUGAAUACAUCCUUAAAGAAACUGAAAAGCUUCAUGCCAAGGUUGGUAGAUACAAAAGUCCCGACGAAUAUCCUUUCUUCCCCAAUGAUUUACCCGAACCAUUAUUGCCACCAAUGCAAUACCCCAAGGUAUUACAUAAAGUUGCUGAAUCAAUUAAUAUUAACAACACAGUGUGGGACAUGUACUUUAAAGAUCUACUUCCAAGAUUGGUGAAGCUAGGAAAUGAUGGAAAUUGUGGAUCUUCAGCAGUAUGUGACACAAUCUGCCUCCAGGCUCUUUCUAAAAGAAUUCAUUAUGGGAAAUUUGUAGCCGAGUCCAAAUUUCGAGCAAACCCAAGUGAAUAUAAAACUGCUAUUGAAGCGCAAGACAGGGAAGGAUUGAUGGCUUUGUUGACAUACCCAGAAGUGGAGGAGAGAGUAAAAGAGAGAGUCGAGAUGAAAGCCAGGACCUUUGCUCUAGAAGUGACAAUGAAAGAAGGCAAAGUUGAAUCUGAAACAGUAUACAAGAUUGAGCCACACUUGGUUGCUGAUCUCUAUGGGAGAUGGAUCAUGCCACUCACAAAGGAAGUCCAAGUUGAGUACUUGUUGAGAAGGUUGGAUUAGGAUGUGGAACCGAGUUCGUUUCUGAAUGUUUUGUACGGUAGGAGAGAUUUGAUAGAAUUCCAAUGUAAAGAUUGAACGAGCAGGAAUUACUGGAUCUGGAAAUUGGGAACAAACCCUAUAUGCUAUGAAAAUGCAGAUAUUGGUUUUCAUAAAUGAUAUUCAAUAGACGAGAUUCUUCUUUCCUCUUUACUCCUUUGAUUUUCGAUUGAUCAGUAUGUGUGAGGAUGCAAUGAAGAUUAUUUCAUGAAUGGUAUUCGAUAGAUGAGACUCUUUCUUUCCCCUUUUUGUCAUUUGAGAUAUUAAUUGGGAUCAAUAUGCCUUGUAUCAGUUGGAUGC